CACACCGCAGCAAACAAAAUGCACAUCCGCAACGGCAUACACCUACUAGGCCUCCUGGCCCCUACUCUUGCUAGAGCAAUAACUUCCUCCCCCCUCUCCACCUCCGGCCGAUGGAUCGUCGACUCGGACGGCAACAACGUGACCUAUGUAGGGGCGAACUGGCCCGGCGCCGAAGUAGCCAUGAUCCCCGAGGGUCUACAGUACCAAUCGAUCGAGUAUAUUGUCGGCAAGUUGAAGGAUCUAGGGAUGAAUGUGAUUCGACUCACGUUUGCAAUUGAGAUGAUCGAUGAUAUUUAUGAGACAGGGGCGGAUGUACCGAUCAAGACGUCGUUGAUUAAUGCGUUAGGAGACACGAAUGGGACGAAGAUUUAUGAGGAUAUUGUGGGGAAUAAUCCGCAGUUUGGGGAGAAUACAACCCGACUUGAGGUCUACGAUGCUGUCGCUACGGAGUGCUAUAACCAGGGCAUCUAUGUGCAUUUGGAUAACCAUGUUUCCAAAGCGUCGUGGUGCUGUUCGACUACCGAUGGUAAUGCUUGGUUUGGGGAUACUUACUUUAAUGUUUCAAAUUGGCAUCGAGGGUGGAAAUAUAUGGCUGAGCAUGUGAAAUCACUCCCCGCGGUGAAAAGCAUCGGGAUGCGCAACGAACUCCGCAGUCCUGACGACGACACCACCCUCGCCGACGACAGCUACAACUGGGACAACUGGUACACGAACAUGGUUGAGAACGCGAAGCAAGUGCACGAGGUGAACUCCGAUCUGCUCCUCUUCUUCUCUGGCCUCAACUACGACACCACACUAUCCCCGAUCCCCACAGCCUCUAACCUAGGUAACGACACCUACUUCAAGAAAUCCGAUUUCACCUUCUCCGAUAAGAUUGUCCUCGAGCUCCACAACUACGAUUCCUCCGCUACUAGCUGCAGUAGUCUCUCCUCGAGCUUACUAACAGAUGGAUUCAACGCCCUAGAGACAGACGACUCCAGCAUUGUCAAUGUUUUGCCCGUGGUAAUGACGGAAUUUGGCUACGAGCAGGAUAAUACCACCUAUACGGAGGUAUAUCCGAGUUGUUUGAGGAAAUGGUUGCCCAGUGUGCAUGCCGGGUGGAUGAUCUGGGUGCUCUCGGGAAGUUAUUAUAUCCGCCAGGGAAUCCAGGAUUAUGAUGAGACUUGGGGUCUACUGGAUCACACAUGGUCCGAUUGGCGAUCCAGCGAAGCCAUCGAGAACGGCAUCAUCCCAAUGGUAGAGGCUAGCUUGGGCUGACGUAUCAAUAAUCCACGUGGGUUUAUAUAUAGCUCGAGCAGCAUAUAAGACU